AUGCAAAAGCCUCAACCCGAGGAUGAAAAUUUCGUGGAAUCCUCAAGAAGUCUCCUGCACAACGCGGACCAAGAAUUCGUCGAGGACAAACAAACAGGGGCAGACAUGGAAUUUGUGCAGACGUAUUACAGCCCGAGAGGUGUUUUGCUGCUGUAUUUUCGGGGGGACGCUGCGGCAGAAGUGGACAAGCAUUUUAACAGGACUUUUACGGAGUUGUGUUGUUUGCCCGGCUCAGGUGCAUUGGACAACAGCAUGCAGGAGAGCUCACAUUGGCAAGGAAAACCAAGCCGUCCCAUGUCUCAAAGGAACCUUCCAGCCUCAUUUUGGAACCCGUCACAAACGGACCAAUCCCAACACCUGCAAGGAACCUUCCAUCACAGUGGCAAGCCAAUAGAUAUGUUCCAACAAAACUAUAACACAAUAACCCAUUAUAACAGAAGCUGUCAUUCAACUGGUCACCAUGGAAACGACGAUCAAAACGGGCCAAGUUUCGUUCGCAGGAGAGCUAUCCCAGUCUCUUAUGCACAGCUACCAACGGGGGUGGUGAAAAGUUUCUCCCCAGGGCUCGCGCCGCAAGUGUCUGCACAGCCCUGUCGCGAACCCGCGUCUUCGUUUUUGCAAGAGGCUGCUGUGCAGAGCAACGAUUUGCAGCCGUCUUCCUUGAGGUUCAACCCUCGCUACAAUUCUCUUCUAGUUCAACCAGACGUGAAGCCUCAUUUGCCGGUUGUCCCUGGAGAACCAACGCCCACACAGAUUGAAGAAAGGGGAAAGGACCUCGAGGAAUUCCCAUGUGAACUACUAAUGAGAAAAGGAGAACAUUAA